AUGACUGAGAUAAUCAAUGCUGCCAGCGGGAUGACAGACGCUCAUUAUCAAUUUGAUGAAUCAAUGUCAUUACAGCAAGGAUUCUCAUACUUGGCUUUAUUAAAUGGAGAUAUUGAAGUGAACUACUCAUCAAAAACGACAAAUAUGCAGGGACACACAUUCUUGGAUGAUGAAGGAACAUCUGAGAGAGCAACAAAUCCAGGCAUGCAAAACAGCAAUGAGCAUGACGAAACUGAAGACAAACCAUGGGAAUCAAGCUUCUUUCACGACAUGCAACUCGAUGAGGUUUUCGAUCAAGUCAAUGAACAAGAUGGGACAAAUAAACAGGACUUUGACAAUUCAUGCAAUCUCGAAGGAAAGAAGGCUACCAAUGGUGAAGGUGACGAUGCAAAAAUACAUGAUUCUGAGAGAUCAAGUCAAAAUGGAGAAGAACAAAACAAAAACAUCACUGAGGAAGAUGUGGAGAGAUUCCUAGAGAAUGAUGAGCAAGGAACAGAUCAAAAUAAUGAAAAAGAAUCUGAAAAAGGUUGUUCAACAAUAAUAGAAGACCUAAUGCCAGUGAAGGGGAUGGAAUUCAAAUCAAGGGACGAGGCACACAAUUUCUUGAACAUGUAUUCUUAUGCUGCUGGAUUUUCUAUAGCUGUGGUCUCAGUGUAUCGCACAACAAGCAAGAAGAGAAAUAAUGAGAUAACAAGGGUGACAGUAAAAUGCAGUAAACAUGGACACAACACAGAUGCUGAAAAUGAACAGGUGGUGGCACAGAGACAAACAACGGUGUUUGUAAGGACUGAUUGCAAGGUGGAGAUGGUAAUCAAUGAGAAAAGGGGGGUUUGGAUAAUAACUAACCUCAAGCUUGAUCACAAUCAUCCUCUUGAGCCAGGUGGUAGGUUCUUCCGGUCACAUGUCUACAUGACAAAAGAGGAGAAAUCAAUAAUAAGACAUAUGAAGCAAUGUAACAUUCCAACAAGGAAUAUUGUUUCAGUCUUAGCACACAUGAGAGGCGGAAUGGAGCAGCUUCCAUACAACAAGCGCAAAGUCUGUAACUAUGCAUCAAGUGUGACCAGGGAACUAAAACACAAUGAUCUCCAGGAGGUACUGACAUGGUUCAACAAAAAACAAGCUGAAGAACCUGGUUUUUACUACUCUCUCGACCUAGAUGGAGAGAAUAAGGUUAGAAGCAUUUUCUGGUCGGAUGCAAGGGCGAGGCAGUACUAUGAUCUAUAUGGAGAUUGCAUAUGUUUUGACACUACAUUCUUGACAAACAAAUACAACUUGCCCUUUGCUCCAUUUGUUGGCAUAUCACCACAUGGAAAAACUUAUUUGUUUGCUUGUGCAUUCAUCAUAAAUGAACAAGCAAAUACAUUUGAAUGGUUGUUCAGACAGUUUCUAACAGCUAUGGGUGGCAGACAGCCUCAAUCAGUUAUGACUGAUCAGUGUAGGUCCAUGGGCAGUGCGAUUAAGCUUGUUUUCCCAAAAGCAACACACAGAAAUUGUUUGUUCCAUGUGAAGAAAAAUUGCGAUGACAAAAAUGGACCAACAUUUGCAGAGAAUGAAGGUUUGUAUGAGGAAAUGCAAGACAUUAUUGAUAACUCAUUGACAGAACAUGAAUUUGAAACAUUAUGGCCACAAAUGAUUGAGAAGCACAAUGUUGCAGGCGUGAAAGUAUUUGAUGACAUGUGGACCAACAGAAAGAAGUAUGUCCCAGUAUACUUCAAAACAAAAAAAUUCCCAUUUAUCCAGACAACAGCUAGAAGUGAAGCAACGAAUGCCUUGUUCAAAAAAGGAGUAGAUGCACAGUUUAGCAUGACGAGCUUCCUAAGAGAGUAUCAGAGAAUAAUGGACACGAUACAUGCAAAUGAAGAUGAGUUGGACAACAAGGUUGAAAACAAGAAAGUCCUACCAACUAAAUUCUUGACAAAGUACUACAUAGAAAGACAAGCUCAUGACCUAUACAACCUUGCAAUUUUCAGAAAGUUCCAACACACACUCAAGGAUGUUACAAGACUUCAUGUUCGAGAGCAGGAAAAAGACAAAGUUUUUGUCUUGUUCCAGGCAAGCAAUUGUGAAAUAAAAGAGUACAGGCAGAGAAACUACAUAGUGCUAGUAAACUUACCGAAAGAGGAAUACUCAUGCGUCUGCUGCAAGUUUGAGAAGGACGGCAUUUUGUGCUCUCAUAUUCUAAAAGUUAUGCUGCACCUUGAAGUGGAAAAAAUUCCAGAAAAAUACAUCAUUGAAAGAUGGCGAAAGAAGAGCAAAAAAGUUAACUACAGACUUCCUGCGCCAGAAGAAAUAGACAACAAUUGUCUAAGGUACAGCUUAUUAACAAGAAUCCUGACGCAGACAGCAUCAAAAGGAUCUAAAAGCAGAGAAAAAUGCCAAUAUCUGAUACAGGAAGCAAAAAGAAUAGAAGAACAUAUGGAUGCAAUGGACAGAGUAUCUGAAGACACUGGAGAAACACAUCAAACAGAUCAUGCCACAUCAACAAGAACAGUCUCAAACUUGUUCAAUGCAUCACUGUGUGAUGGUUCAAGUGCAACAAUAGAUAUACUUGACCCUGACCAUGCUCACACGAGAGGACGCCCAAGGAUGCUCACAAUAAAAGAGAAGAUAAAGCAGAACAAGUUGUACAAAUGCUCACAUUGUGGCAGUGAAAUAGAUCUGGUUGGCAAACUGAAUCCUGAUAUGAAUAAUAUCUUCUUUGGAAAAUAA